CAGGGAACUUGCUUUUUUAGUUCUCGACGGCGGCCCGUCCGGAGGCACAUCGGAAUGGAAACGCCGGUAUUACUACCAGCGGAGUACUCCCUGGUGCCAAUAAUAAGAAGGAGGAUUCCCUGAUUUCUCACAGCAACGCCGCGGCUGCCGCCAGGAUGGUAUCUGUCCGGUGCGAGGAGGGCGGCGACGGAAUGAGAUGGGUGUUCGAUCAGAGCAGAGAUUACUCCCUCGAUAAAGAAGGCGGUUGGAUGGAUGGUGUCGUCGAUGAAUUGGGGAGAAGAGCGGAGGAGAUGGAACGGCUGCAGAUUGUAGGUAGGCGGCAGCGGGGAGUAUUUGUCGGUGGUCCAUCAUAUUGGAGGAUUAGUGAUUUUAGAAAUUUUUAAUUUAUUUUGGUUUGAUUAAUGAAGGAUAAUUUAGUAGUUUUACGUUCAAAUUAGGGCGAUAAUAGUAAUAGCAGGGCGACGUUUAGC